CUGAAUUUUCUGAAGCUCUGCAAAGUCAAGUACUACAACUAUUGUCUUAUUUAUAAUGUACAGAGGGAUUUUAUUAUACAAACCGGUGACCCCAUGGGAACUGGCCGUGGAGGGGAAUCCAUAUUUUGUCAACUGUACGGUGAUCAAGCUAGAUUUUUUGAAGCAGAAAAAGUGCCAAGAAUUAAGCACAAGAAAAAAGGAACAGUGUCAAUGGUGAACAAUGGCAGUGAUCAGCAUGGAUCACAGUUUCUUAUUACUACAGGGGAAAACCUGGAUUACCUUGAUGGUGUGCACACAGUAUUUGGAGAAGUGACAGAAGGCAUGGAUGUAUUGAAGACAAUUAAUGAAACCUUUGUAGAUAAGGAUUUUAUCCCAUAUCAAGAUAUCAGGAUAAAUCAUACAGUGAUUUUAGAUGAUCCAUUUGAAGAUCCACCUGGCUUGUCUGUUCCUGAUCGCUCACCAGAACCUACUAAGGAACAGCUAGAUAGUGGCAGAAUAGGAGCAGAUGAAGAAAUUGAUGAUUUGAAGGGACGGUCUAUAGAUGAAAUAGAAGAAGUUGAGGCAGAAAAAGAAGCGAAAACCCGUGCAAUUCUUCUGGAAAUGGUGGGAGACUUACCAGAUGCAGACGUCAAGCCGCCAGAAAAUGUGCUGUUUGUUUGUAAACUGAACCCAGUGACCACAGACGAAGACCUAGAGAUAAUAUUUUCUCGAUUUGGUCCCAUUAAAAGCUGUGAAGUGAUUCGAGACUGGAAGACUGGUGAAUCUCUUUGUUAUGCUUUCAUAGAGUUUGAAAAGGAGGAAGACUGUGAGAAGGCCUACUUCAAAAUGGACAAUGUGCUGAUAGAUGACAGACGGAUACAUGUGGAUUUUAGCCAGUCUGUUGCAAAGAUUAGGUGGAAGGGAAAGGGUGGGCAGUAUACCAAGGAUGAUUUCAAAGAGUACGAAAAGGAACGUGACAAACCUUCAAAACUUGCUCUGAAAGAAAAGGCGAAACCAAAGCAGGAUGCCAAGUAUGACCUUGUGCUGGAUGAGGAUGUAGAAGAGUCUCACACAAGUCAGUCGCACUCAGCUAAAAAACAAAAGAAGAAAAAGCACCACCACUCUGAAGAUGAAGAGGAUGACAAGAGGACCAAAAAAUCUAAGGAUUCUGAUCGAAAACAUGAAGGAGAGCGCUGUAGAGAGAAGAUGAAGAGUGAGAAGAAAGACAGGCAUCGGAGUCGCAGCCGAUCUCAAGAGAGGGACUACACUUACAGCAAACAAAGAGACAAAUACAAAGAUGACUUUCAAAUAAGAGACUGGGAUAAAAAAGCAGACAGAAGCAGAAGUCCUAAGAAAUCAAAAGACAGAGAGAGGUCCAAGUACAGAUGAAGGACGAGGAAAAGAGAGAGAGAGGAACUAAAAUAUGUUUUCUUCCAGCAUUUCCAACAUUUUCUCAAAUGGAUGUGCAGUUACUGGAUAAAAGCAGUUGCCUUCUGUUGGCAGCUUGGCCUUAUAAUUCUAGGAAUGCCCAUUGUAUGACUGUCAGCGUAUGUCUUGAUUCCAAAAAGGUUGUUUUAAUAAAGUAUUUCACAUUAGUG